AUGGAGAUUUGCAGUAAGAUAUUCCUCUUUUACUGCCUCUUGUUCUUUCCAGAAAGUGAUUUAAUAUUUAUAAUUUUAUGUCUUGAUUCAGGUCCAAGUGAUACAAGGAAAGUUGGGAUUUCCAGUGACCAAAAGGACAUUACCACUCCACUAACAACAGUACCUACAACAUCCAGUCCAGUGUUGAACCCUCAUUCGGACCCGGAUCUGAUGUCUCCGGUGACCACGUCACCAAUGACAGUUCCGGCAACUAUAACUAGUCCGGGGGCCAGCUGGUGUGUGGCUAGCCAAAGUGCAUCACAAACUGCAUUACAAGUUGCUCUGGACUAUGCAUGUGGGCAUGGUGGAGCUGACUGUAGAGCAAUUCAGCCUGGUGGAAGCUGCUACAAUCCCUCCACCGUUGGUGCUCAUGCUUCUUAUGCGUUCAACAGCUAUUUUCAGAAGAAUCCGAUUCCGAACAGCUGUAAUUUUGGAGGAACGGCGGUUACUACCGGCACUGAUCCAAGUAGAGGGACAUGUCAUUAUCAAUCCACCAGCACAACUUCUACCAUCUUAGAGACUACAACUGCAAAUGGUUCAAAUGUUUUUGGUGCUGUGCCUUCACACCCAUACCCAUCAACUGCCUCCGCCACCAAAUUGAAUCCCAUGGAAUCUAUUUUCAUCACCAUGGCAUGCCUCAUUUUGCUGCUGCCUAGAUAUUACCAAUAG